GUUGGAAAUGUCAAGCACAUGGAGCAGACAUCUGGCCAGCCUCUGGUCUAAUAGUGAGGUUGUCACUGCAGCAUCUUGUCUCAUAUUGCUGGACAUGAUUGGGUGGUCUCGGCUGUUCACAUGUAUUAACUGUUCUCUUCUUGUUUCAGUGCACGAAGGCAGCCCUCUGGGUGAACUCCACCGUUGUAUCCGGGAGGGGGUGAAGGUGAAUGUUCACAUCCGCACUUUCAAGGGACUUCGAGGUGUCUGUACAGGCUUCCUCGUUGCAUUUGACAAGUUCUGGAAUAUGGCACUUACUGAUGUGGACGAGACCUACCGGAAACCUGUUCUAGGGAAAGCAUAUGAACGGGAUUCUUCACUGACUCUCACUAGGCUCUUUGAUCGGCUGAAACUUCAAGAUUCCUCCAAAAAGGAAGCCGAUUCCAAGUCUGCAGUGGAAGACUCUACUCUGUCCAGAUACUCCCAGACAUCCACUUGGAAGGUAGCGUCAGUUUGGGGAAGAGAAGACACUGACCGGGGCUCUCGCAAACGUUCCCGCUCUGUCCCUUCUUCCCUGCAGGCAUCUGCAAGGGAGGAGUCCAGGUCAGAGCUGUCAGGGAGGACUACACGGACAGAAGGGUCCAGUGUGGGGGGUACCUUUUCAAGGGCUACCACACUUUCCAGGGGCCAGUCUCGUAAGAAAAAGCGAAAGCCCAAAGUGGAUUACCAGCAGGUAUUCACUCGACAUAUUAAUCAGAUUUUCAUUCGAGGCGAGAAUGUCCUGCUGGUUCAUCUUGCACAGUGACCAGCUCAGCCUCACUUGAGCUUUGGUUUUUAGAAAUAAAGUGCAUGAAUUGCUGCUA